GGCGGGGUUCGGCGGCGUCCGGCGAGGACCAAAGUGCGCUGCAGAUCGGGCCAAACUCAGCGGGGCAGGACAGCCAUGCCCAAGUACUGCCGGGCUCCGAACUGUUCCAACACUGCGGGCCGACUGGGCGCGGACAACCGCCCGGUGAGCUUCUACAAGUUCCCACUGAAGGAUGGUCCCCGGCUGCAGGCCUGGCUGCGGCACAUGGGCCGGGAGCACUGGGUGCCCAGCUGCCACCAGCACUUGUGCAGCGAGCACUUCACACCCUCCUGCUUCCAGUGGCGCUGGGGCGUGCGCUACCUGCGGCCUGAUGCGGUGCCCUCCAUCUUCUCUCGGGCACCGCCCGCCAAGAAGCAGCGGAGUUCCCGAAGCACCGAGAAGCAGGUCGUGCCUUCGCCUCUGCAGGAGACCACGCCCCUGUCCCCGGGCCCAGCCGUCCCGGCCCCGGGCCCUGUACACCUUGUGCUGCUGGGACCGGCAUCGGGAGGCCCUGAGGCAGCGCCCACCGUGUUCCUGACCCCCAUGCCCCUUCCGCCGGCCCCCGCGGCGCCGCGCCCCGGAGUGGCCGCCCAGCAGCCCCGGGCCGAGCUGGGCGCGGCGCUGGGGGCGCUGCAGCGGCGGGUGCGGAGGCUUCAGCGGCGGCACGCGCGGCACCAGGCGCAGCUGCGGGCCCUGGAACAGCUGGCGCAGCAGCUGCGCGGGGAGAGCCUGCUGGCGCGGGCGCGCCGGGGCCUGCUGCGCGGGCUCCCUGGACCUGAGGAAUCCCAAGCCUUCACCAUCAUCUGUGGAGGGCCUGACAUAGCGGUGGUCCUUGCCCAAGGCCCUGCAACUCCCACACUGGACGCCAAGCCUGAGCUCCUGGACACUCAGACCCCCAGCGCAUAAGGACCAAGACAGAUGAUGUCACAGGACAGAUGAGAGAAGACAGAGGAAGAGAGACUCAUCACACGUGGGCUGGGCCCAGCCCCACCACCCAUGCCUGUGGCACAGCAGCGCCUCCCUCAGGGCCUGGCUCCCACCACUCCCUCCUGGGGACCCCUUGAACCUUAGGGCCAAUCUGGGCCUAAGACCCCCGUCAGCCCCGAUUCCCUUGAGUACCAGGUCCCUGCUACCCCCAGCUUGGAUCUUUGCAGUCAGUAAAACAGCCUCAGAGCAGGACAGGCGUUGGUUGUUUGGGGAGAGUUGUACGUGCUUCUGAAGAGCCCCUCAUACCCCUUGCCGAGCCUGGUGCCGAGCUGGGGUACUGCAGUGAACCCAGCUGACCAGAUCCUGCCCUCGUGGUGCUCACAUUCUGCUUGAGUGGAAGAUGAACUAGUAAACUAAUAAACAGGAUAAUCUGAGAUGGUGAUAAGUGCUCUGAAGACUGAAUGAAGAUGUA